CCGCAGCGUCUUACAGCGGCUUCCAGUGUAUUGUGAUGUGAAUUUUAAUGACCAUACACGAGGCGAUGCGAUCAUUCUUACGGUCUUAAUCGAUCUGAAAGGAAGUUAAGUGAAGAGCAGCAUGGCAGAGCUUCCUGAUGAACAAGACAUGCUAUCCGGACAAGAUGUUGAUGUUGCACUUUUUCCUAACCCUCUACCAGCGCCUCUUUGGAGGAGAAUGGGAAGCGCCAGCAUUACAGCUGUAGCAUAUCUUCUUUUAUAUAUCAUUUCUCAAGUUACAGGUUUGUGGGUUCUCUAUAUGCUUAAUGGAUACCCAGCCUUCUCAGCAGCCUAUAAAGUGUUGGGCCUCCUUCAGUACAUUCUGUCAAAUGGGGAAUCCUCUGAUCAACAGAUGGAGAUUUGGAGAGUUGAGUGUGUAUGUCCACUGUUAGCAACACUGUUCCUUGGAGUAGUUAUCCUUGGCACUGGAGCAUUGUUCUGCAUUAGAACAUUGGUGCCAGGGAACUCCACUGGCUUCCAUGAUGACCGUCGCCAAUCCAUGAGCAGACAGCCGUCCUUUACUUACUCAGAAUGGACUGAUGCCAAGCAAGAAGAUUUUUAUGAGCUGGAUGCAGUUCCUGAGACCCCUGUCUUUGAUUGCUUCAUGGAUAUAAAGACAGAUGGUGACCCCACUACCCUCAAGGUCAAACCAGUGGGCUUGCAGGAAAGGAGAGGUUCAAAUGUGUCUCUGACUUUGGAUAUGUGCACACCUGGCACCACAGAACCAUAUGGAAUGCUACUGUCUCCUCGAGACCAGAGUACACAAGAGUACUUGGAGAAUGCAUCCAACCCUCUGACACCAGCACAACUACAUAUGCGUGCUCUGGAUGAUGCUGUUCUACAAGCUGAGUUCUAUGAAGCACCUAUGAACUUUGUGGACCCAAAGGAAUAUAACAUUCCAGGUGUAGUGAGGAAAAAUCGCUACAAAACUAUCCUGCCAAACACGCACAGCAGGGUUUGCCUUCAAGGAACAAAGGAUGAUGACUUUCUUAGCACAUACAUCAAUGCUAACUACUUGAAGGGCUAUGGUGGGCAAGAGAAGGUGUAUAUUGCCACUCAGGGUCCAACUGUAAACACUGUGGGAGAUUUCUGGAGAAUGGUGUGGCAGGAACACUGCCCAAUCAUUGUUAUGAUCACCAAUAUUGAGGAGAAAAAUGAGAAAUGCACAGAAUACUGGCCAGAGGACAAUAUGACCUGUGAAGGCAUUGAGAUCACUGUCAAACAGUUCAUUCAGGCUGAUGACUACAGUCUGAGGAUCUUUACUGUGAAGCAUGAAGGUGAGGAGCGCAGUCUCAGGCACUACUGGUACACAUCAUGGCCAGAUCAGAAAACUCCAGAUAAAGCUCCACCUCUUUUACAAUUGGUCCAAGAAGUGGAGGAAGUAAGGAAACAGGCUUCACCUUCAAGUGGCCCUGUCAUUGUUCACUGCAGUGCAGGAAUUGGCCGCACGGGCUGCUUUAUUGCUACGGCUAUCCUGUGUGAGCAACUUAGACAUGAAGGAGUAGUCGACAUCUUGAGAACUACCAGCCAACUACGCUUGGACAGAGGUGGCAUGAUUCAAACAGCUGAGCAGUACCAGUUUGUGCAUCAUGUUCUGAGCCUAUAUGAAAGACAGAUGACUUGGAGACCAGAAGAAUAGCAUUUGCCACAGCAUAUCCUUACCCACUAUCAGUUCAUCAACACUUUACAUCUGCCUGCAGAAGACAUCAACAAGUCCAGCAUCUGUUGUGCUCCUGCUAGACUGUAUAACAGUAUAAUUUGUUGUUAAAUGUUGGGUUAUGUGUAAACCUGCAAAACUUAAACUCAGGGCUUUUACUCCCCAAGCUGCUUCUGUGUCAUCAGAAUCAGUACUAAUUCAUAAGGCAUGCUCUCAACUAAACUUACAACAUUAAAACAGGCCUAUGCCUUAAUGAUGCUCCCACCCCAUAUCAAUUCUGACCCUGGCCUGUGGCCUAAAGAUAAGAUGUAAAAAUAAACUUAUCACUUCAGUAGGAACACCUGUAAACCUGCUCAUUUAUGCAGUUAUUCAAUAAGCUGAUCAUGUGGCAGAAGCAUAAUGCAAUAGGUCAUAGUUUAAGAUAUUAAUUUUCAGGUAAUGUUUACUUCAAAUAUCAUGCACAACAACAUAUAGAGUUUUUACAGAAUUGUGUAAAAAAACAACAAAAACCUUGUCUAUAUAAUCUGGAUAACCAGAUAUGUUUGGGCCGACAGUAUAUAGUAAAUACAAGAAGCAUUCUCUGCUACUGUGGUGAGCAGAAAAACAUAUCAUAGAGCACAGCACAACAAACUUUAAGGUGGAUGGGCCGAAACAGCAGACGACCACACCAGGUUCAACUCCUUGUAUUGUGCUACUGACAUAUGAUUGGCAGAUUAGGCAACAGUGUAAAUGUACAGGUGUAUAGAGUUUCCUGGUAAAAUAAAUGGUGAGGUUACAUUUUUUAUUGUCAAAUUGCAGUAUUAAUACUUAUUGAGUUAGUAAGUCAUAUGUUUUGAUAGCCUCCCUAAAACUACUAUGAAGUGCCUUGAAACAGUAUACAGCUCCGAUUACCUUUCAGUAUACUUUUAAAAUUUAUAUAAUUAA